AAGACUGGUGCGGUAUCCACGGGUGAACUGUAAGACAGCUGGCAUUAGACACUGUCUAACGCUAGCUUGCAGUAUUUUGAAUUUAAUACAACACUGCAGCGUUAGAUUAGCUAGCAAUCAAAUGAUAAGAAAUCAUGUCCUCAGUAACGGUUUAGAUGGUCAGCAACAGCAUCUUUUCGGGGCCGUCACUGGCGUUUUGACAGCUGGAUUUCUACAUGAAAUUGAAGCUAACGUUAGCUAACCACGUUCACAGCGUUGCUCGAGUCAAAAUACAGCUACCAACAAAGAUAGAUGGGUAGAUGUAACUUUGCUGUUGUCCUAUGGGUUCAAAAAGGCGAAGAGCUACUUCCCCUUCCAGUAGUGUAAGUGGGGGUGACUUUGACGAUGGUCAGACCUCCUCAUCUACAGCUGGAAGCACUCGAAAGAGGAGAAGAAUUUCCAACAUUCCCCCUGUUGAUCCAAUUGCAGUGUGCCAUGAGCUGUAUAACACAAUCCGAGACUAUAAGGACGACCAUGGAAGGCUUCUCUGCGAGCUCUUCAUCAGGGCCCCAAAGAGAAGGAACCAACCAGACUACUAUGAAGUGGUGGCUCAGCCUAUAGACAUGAUGAAAAUCCAGCAGAAGUUGAAAAUGGAGGAGUAUGAGGAUGUGGAGCAGCUCACAAUUGACUUUCAACUCUUGUUCAACAAUGCAAAGACUUACUACAAGGCUGAGAGCCCAGAGUACAAGGCUGCUUGCAAGCUGUGGGACCUCUACUUGCGCACAAAGAAUGAGUUUGUGCAAAGAGCGGAUUACGAGGAGGACGAGGAGGAUGGGGAAGACAUGCAGGAAGCUCCUGUGGCCUCCACUGAAGAGGAGCCUCCACUCAGCUGUCUGAAGGAGGUUCUGGAGCAGUUUCUGGAGGCUGUGGUGACCUUUACCGAACCCUCUGGCCGUCUGGUCAGCGAACUUUUUCAGAAGCUGCCCUCCAAAGUGCAAUACCCAGACUAUUAUGCCAUAAUAAAGGAGCCGAUAGAUCUGAAAACCAUUGCUCAGAGGAUACAGAUGGGCUACUACAAAAGUGUCAAUGCCAUGGCCAAGGACAUAGACCUUCUGGUGAAAAAUGCCAAAACAUACAAUGAGCCUGGGUCACAGGUUUUUAAGGAUGCAAACACCAUUAAGAAGAUUUUCCUUCAGAGGAAGAUGGACAUUGAGUAUGCCGAGCCCACUAAAUCCAGUAUCAGAAUCAGGAAUCGAAGGUCAGCACAGGGAGAACGCUUCCCAUCCAUCGCCCUGGCACUCCAGUACGGCUCAGAGAGUGACGAGGACGCCCUGCUUUCUGGGGCCGUCCGCUAUGAUGAAGGAGAGACAGAGGCCGAGUGUGUGCACUCCAGUAUGGACAUGAGCAACCCCAUCUUCCAGAUGUACGAGGCGGUGCGGGGAGGGAGGAACAGCCAGGGACAGCUUAUCGCCGAGCCCUUCCUGCAGCUGCCGUCCCGGAAGGACUAUCCCGACUACUUCCACCAGAUCAAGCAUCCCAUCUCCCUGCAGCAGAUUCGGAACAAGAUGAAGAACAAUGAGUACGAAAGCGUGGAGCAGAUAGAGGGCGACCUCAUCCUGAUGUUUGAGAAUGCCAAGCGCUACAAUGUGCCCCACUCUCCUAUCUAUAAGCGCGUUAUGAAGCUUCAGCAGAUUCUACAGAUGAAGAGGAAGGAGCUGCUGCAUAGGGAAGAGGAGGACGGGGACAGCAUGCUGUCAUCCACUAUGUCAGACACCGGCAGUGGGAAGAGGAAGAGCCACAAGAAGAACAGUAAGAAGCGGAGGAUGAAGCUGCUGUUCUCGGCAGUGACGGAGGCCCGCGAGCCCCUCACUGGACGCAGGCUCUGCGACCUCUUCAUGGUCAAGCCUUCCAAGAAGGACUACCCCGACUACUACAAGAUCAUCCUGGAGCCCGUGGACCUCAGGACCAUCGACCACAACAUCCGCUCCGACAAGUACUUGAGCGAGGACUCCAUGGUGGAGGACAUGAGGCUGAUGUUCCGCAACGCGCGCCACUACAAUGAGGAGGGUUCCCAGGUGUAUAAUGAUGCUAACAUCCUGGAGAGGAUCUUGAAGGACAAGAAGAGGGAUCUGGGGCCUGUGCCUGACGACGACGACGUGGCUUCACCCAAGCUGAAAAUAAGGAAGAGUGGCAUCUCCCUGAAAAAGUCCAAGUACCUGACCCCUCUGCAGCAGAAGCUGAACGAGCUGUACGAGGCGGUGAAAAACUACACGGACAAGCGUGGCCGUCGCCUCAGCACCAUCUUCCUCCGCCUGCCCUCCCGUGCCGAGCUGCCCGACUAUUACAUCACCAUCAAGAAGCCCAUCGACAUGGAGAAGGUCAAGAGCCACAUGAUGGCCAACAAGUACCAGGACGUGGACUCCCUGGUUGAGGACUUUGUGAUGAUGUUCAACAACGCCUGCACCUACAACGAACCUGAGUCCCUGAUCUACAAGGACGCCCUGGUGCUGCACAAGGUCCUGCUGGAGACCCGGAGGGACCUGGAGGGCGGGGAGGACACCCAUGUGCCCAACGUCACCCUCCUCAUCCGGGAGCUUGUCCACAACCUCUUCGUUUCGGUGCUGAGCCAUCAGGACGACGAGGGCCGUUGCUACAGCGACUCGCUGGCCGAGAUCCCCGCCCAGGACCCGGCCAGCCCCGCCAAGGCACCGCUCAACUUCGAGAUUAUCAGGGCCAACGUGGACAACGGUCGGUACAAGAGACUGGACGUCUUCCAGGAGAACAUGUUCGAGGUGCUGGAGAAAGCCAGGCGGCUGCAUAGGACGGACUCUGAGAUCUUCGAGGAUGCGGUGGAGUUGCAGCAGUUCUUCAUCAGGAUCCGAGACGAGCUGUGCAAGAACGGGGAGAUCCUGCUCUCCCCCGCCCUCAGCUACACCACCAAGCACCUCCACAGCGACGUGGAGAAGGAGAAGAAGGAGAAGCUCCCCAAGGAGAUGGAGGAGGACAAGCUGAAGAGGGAAGAGGAGAAGAAAGAGGCUGAGAAGAGCGAGGACCCAGCAGGAUCGGCCUGGCAGGCAGGGCUCCAGCGCACGUACAGCCAGGACUGCAGCUUUAAGGACAGCAUGUACCACGUGGGCGACUACGUGUACGUGGAGCCCGCAGAGCAGAACCUGCAGCCACACAUUGUCUGCAUUGAGCGUCUGUGGCAGGACGAUGCUGGUGAGAAAUGGAUGUAUGGCUGCUGGUUCUACAGGCCCAAUGAAACCUUCCACUUGGCCACACGCAAGUUCCUGGAGAAAGAAGUGUUCAAGAGUGAUUACUACAACAAAGUUCCCGUUAGCAAGAUACUCGGCAAAUGUGUGGUUAUGUUUGUGAAGGAGUACUUCAAGCUGCAGCCAGAGGGCUUCAGACCAGAGGACGUCUACGUCUGCGAGUCGCGCUACUCGGCUAAGGCCAAGUCUUUCAAGAAGAUCAAGAUGUGGACCAUGCCCCUAAGCUCAGUCAGGUUUGCUCCUCGUGACAUGCCUCUGCCAGUGGUCCGGGUGGCCUCCAUGUUUGCCAACGCUACCAAGAACGAGCAGGAGAAGCCAGCGGAGACGUCUGAAGAGGGCAGGGGAGCGGAGGCUAUCGCCAUCAUCGACAAGGAGAAGGAAGACGUGCCUGUGGACAUAAGCAAUGGGGAGCCAGGAUGCCAGUACUACGAACAGCUCCGCUACAAUGACGCCUGGAUGAAAGUGGGUGACUGUGUCUACGUCCGGUCACAUGGUCUAGUGCGUCACAGAGUGGGCAGGAUUGAGAAGAUGUGGGUGCGAGAUGGAGCAGCCUACUUCUUUGGGCCUAUCUUCAUUCACCCAGAGGAGACUGAGCACGAGCCCACCAAGAUGUUCUACAAGAAGGAGGUGUUCCUCAGCAAUCUGGAGGAAGCCUGCCCCAUGAGCUGUGUCAUAGGGAAAUGUGCAGUGUCCUCCUUCAAGGACUACCUGUCCUGCCGGCCCACAGAGGUGUCUGAGGAUGAUGUUCUGCUGUGCGAGAGUCGCUACAUUGAGAGCGAGAAGCAGAUGAAGAAAUUCAAGGGCCUGAAGCGCUUUUCACUCUCCGCCAAGGUUGUUGACGACGAGAUCUACUACUUCAGGAAGCUGAUCGUGCCACAGAAGGAGCCAUCGCCCCUGCUGGACCGCAAGAUCGAGGAGCUGGAGGCCAAGUUUGCUCUGAUGGGAGAGGAUGAGCUGGACGAGCUGGGGGAAGAGGACGGGGAGGCUGGGGACGCAUCAUCGGCCCAGCUGCAGACCCCUCUGGCCAGCGACAUGGACCUCAUGCCCUUCACUCCUCCACAGUCAACUCCAAAGUCAAUGAAGGGAUUGUCCAAGAAGGAGGGCUCAAAGAGGAAAAUCAACAUGAGCGGCUACAUCCUGUUCAGCAGCGAAAUGCGGGCGGUGAUCAAAGCCCAGCACCCCGACUUCUCCUUCGGAGAGCUGAGCCGCCUGGUGGGGACGGAGUGGAGGAACCUGGAGGCCACCAAGAAGGCAGAUUACGAAGAGAGGGCAGCCAAGGUGGCGGAACAGCAGGAGCGUGAGAGGGCGGCCCAGCAGCUGCAGCAGGGCUCUUCCCCGAGAGCAGGUACCCCAGUAGGGGCGCUCAUGGGGGUGGUGCCUCCCCCGACCCAUAUGGGGAUGCUUAACCACAACAUGACGCCUGUGUCAGGCAUGAUGGGGGCCUGUGGUCUACCUAUGCUGCCCUUGCAGGGCCCUGUUGAUGGCAUAUUCGGUAUGGGCAGCAUGCCACCUCAUCACAUGGGGGUGCCUGCAUUGCCCCACCACCUGCCGCCAGGUGUAGCUGGGUUCCCUGGCAUGCCAUACCUGGGUGCGAUGGGACAGGGUUUGAAUGGCAGCACUGGAACCGGAGGCCCAUAUGGGCAACAGAUGGGUGUGCUGGGGCAAGGGCAGCAGGCCCCGCCACCCUACCCAGGGCAGGCUCAGGCAUGCCAGCCAGCUCUCCAGCAGCCCUCGACCCCCAUGUUUGUGGCCCCACCGCCCAGGUCCCAGCGUCUCCUGCACUCUGAGGCCUAUCUGAAGUACAUCGAGGGCCUGAAUGCGGAGUCUUCCACUGUCAGCAAGUGGGACCAGACCCUGUUAGCCCGUAGAAAAGACGUGCGCCUGACAAAGGAACAGGAGAGCCGGCUGCCAUCCCAUUGGUUGAAGAGCAAGGGUGCCCACACCACCAUGGCAGAUGCACUUUGGCGACUUCGAGAUCUGAUGCUACGAGACACACUCAACAUCCGCCAUGCUAAUAAUCUGCAGAAUGUUUAGACGCUGUUCUGAGGCAUUUUAAAUGUUUGGGGCGCGUCGACAUCACAAAAAUCAGUAAUGCUUCAACGUACAUGAUGUGUGUCAGCAGCAAUGUGUCAAAAUAUGCUCAGUGUCAGUGUUCCGUUUGUUUUGUAUUGUUGAAUUUACUGCCUUUGUAAAAAUACUUGUUAUUGGUGUUAUCCAUUUUUUAUAUUAAAUGUAAGAAAACCC